AUGCGGCGCAUAGCCUACCUCUGGUCUGAGGAGUUGAUGCGCGUCGCGGACUCCCUGCCCGCAAACCAGGGCCGGUCGCGGCUCGUGCAUGGCCUCAUUGGUGCGCUGGGGCUCGUCGAUCUCGACAACGUGCGGGAGUACACCUCUGCGCCUUCCCUGCCAGAUCCAUCGGCCGACGAUAGCGAGACCGUCAACGGGGAGGACAUCGACGGCGACGACUCACCAGGACCAAUCCCCACGCAUAAUGACACGGACCGACUACAGGCUGAGGCUGGUGACAUCGCGACGGACGAACACCAGACCAUGUCGAAUACAAACGGGACUGAGGAAGACGGCCGCACUGAAGUCAACGGACGAAUAGACCACCAAGCAACAUCAAAAACGGUCGAUGUGAAGGUCAUCGCCCCAGAUCCGAUACUGUGCGAAGCGUCCGAGCUCCGGCGAUACCAUGAUGCAAGCUAUGUUGGUGAGUUGCUUGUUUGGCUUCCUCAACUGACAUCAGAAUACCUCCUGUACGGCCGAGGGACGGACACCGACGAAGAGGAGGAAUUUGCGCCCCGCAAACGACGGCGGAAGGACAGGUCCCACAAGUUGGGUUUGGAGUAUGACUGCCCGCCCUUCCUGGAACUUCCACGAUACGCCGCCCUCGUUGCUGGAGCGACGCUGACCGCCUGCCGCAUGCUCGCCCGCGGGGAGGCAGACAUUGCUGUGGUCUGGGACGGAGGGCGACACCACGCCGGCCGCGCCAAAGCGAGUGGCUUCUGCUACGUCGCUGAUGCCGUGUUGGGCAUCCUCCUGCUUUGUCGGGAAGGUGUGCCGCGGCCCACCCCAUUCCCCUCUCCCCGGUCCUCAUCAGCACCGACACCAACCCGUCGGGCACGGAUACUCUACCUCGACCUGGACCUGCACUACGGCGACGGCGUCGCGCGCGCCUUCGCGUGUCCGACGCACUUCAGCCACCCCCUGCGUCGCAAGCCUCGCCCUCCCCAAGUCCUCACACUCAGCAUGCACCACGUCUCGCCGCUGUUCUUCCCCCCCGGUGCCCCCGGCACGAGCGAGGGGGAUACGCCGCACCCGUUCAACCUCAGCUUGGGGCUUGCGGAACACGCCGGCGCGGCGACGUAUGCGCGUCUGUGGGCUAAUGUCGAGAAAGUGUAUCAAGCCUGGGGGCCGGACUACGUCGUGCUCCAGCUUGGCGUUGAUGGGCUUCCGCGGGAUCCCAUAGGCCAGGUCGGGGGGUGGAAUACGGCCGGCGAGGGCGGCAUAGCCUGGAUCGUAGAGCAAGUUCUGGCGUGGCGUGUCCCGGUGGCCGUGUUGGGCGGAGGGGGGUAUCACCACGCCAACGCCGCAAGGGCGUGGGCGACAGCCACCUCUGUCCUCCUCGGCAGAGAGAUGGGGCCAGAGACAGACAUCCCCGAUGCUUUUGAGCAGGUCGACGCCUUCGCGCCCGGGUUCACGCUCGAGGUCGAGCCGAGCCAUGUGCCUGACAAGACGACGAGGGAGGAGUUGGAGGCUGCGGAUGCAGCAUUUGAUGUCAUUGCCGGCCGGAUCCGGGAGAUAAGAGCGCUACAUGAGUAA